UCACAGCCACAAAUUCAUAAUUAUGUCUAAACCCCGCCUAUUUCUACAUUUUAGCUUCUUAAAAUAUGAUUUGAAACCUUAACCAUACUGCUAACCGUAUUCUUAACCCAAACUUAAAUGAAUACCAAAAAGCAAAAUGUUGUUUUCAUAAAUCUUUACGUUAAAUCCAAUUCUGACCUUGUGGCUGUAGUAAGUAGUGACAACCAUCUUUCGGCUGCAAUGGCGUUUGCUGCGACAGCACUUUCCGGCAGCGGGGAAACGGAGGAGAAAGCAACGACAGGCGUUGGAAGUAAAGACGAAAUUGUUUCGGAAACCCUCGGAUUUAUACAAUUAUCGCCUAAGUGAAGUGAGCUUUGUUUAUAAACCCGUUGACGAAACUAUAUUUCGAGGUUUUUUUCUAACGUGCAUUGCCCCCUUGAUGAGGUGGGAUGGCUGCAGUGCCGACUGGGCCUAGCAGCGCAUUGCCAGCAUCCCCGGCUGAAAUUUCUCCCUUCCCCGGGGAUGGGAGCGUGGAACCUGGGGAAGGGGAGCAGCCCGGCUGCGGUUGGGAGGGCUCUGUAACACGACAGGAGCAGCGGGUCAGCGAGGACAAACGGCCAAGUAAGAAAAAACUGAAAAACAUGCUAUCGCAUGCUAACCCGGCUGCGCUACACCUCAAAACGCAGGCCCUACAGGAACAGCAGCUGAACGGGUUGGUCAGUCCGUCUGAAGACGGUGUGAUCUACAACCGCUCAACGGAAAACCGAUCCGACAAUCUGAGACCGUCCAUGGAGCUCUGUGACAGCAGCAGUUUUGGAGACGACCCGAGUGACAAAAAUAAUAGCGACCAUUGCUGGCAACAUGAGGACCACAGUCCGUGUUCGAAAGGCAGCCGCCACCCUCACUUGAACAACAAUGGCAUGAACGGUAUGUUGACUAUCACAAGAACUGAGGCUUUCCAAAGCCACYCUGUAACCGGACACAGCCCCGGUGGUAACGUUAGGAAAAGGGAAUGUGACCCCACAGAAGCCCCUCGACCACCGAGCCAGCAGCCCCCAGACUGCGAAGGCCUUGGCGAGCACCGGGCUGGAGUAGAGAGUGAACCCGACGUCAUACACCAGCCGCCGGUGUCAGAAUUAGCGAGGCUGGAUCUGAACUGUUCGCCUGACCGAGAAGCGGAAGAGAGCCAGGGGAUUCAUUAUGUCCGCUACGAGUCCGAGUUACAGAUGCCAGGAAUCAUGAGGUUGAUCACCAAGGACUUGUCUGAGCCGUAUUCCAUUUAUACCUAUAGGUACUUCAUCCACAACUGGCCUCAGCUCUGCUUUCUGGCCAUGGUGGAGCAGGAGUGUGUGGGGGCCAUUGUGUGUAAGCUGGACAUGCACAAGAAGAUGUUUCGUCGUGGCUACAUCGCCAUGCUGGCUGUAGACUCCAAACACCGGAGGAAAAGCAUUGGUACUAACCUGGUGAAGAAGGCCAUCUAUGCCAUGGUGGAGGGGGAUUGUGAUGAGGUGGUUCUGGAGACUGAGAUCACUAACAAGUCAGCUCUAAAGUUGUAUGAGAACCUUGGUUUUGUCCGAGACAAGCGGCUCUUCAGAUAUUACCUGAACGGUGUGGACGCAUUGAGGCUCAAACUGUGGCUCCGCUAGAGAGAGGAGAGGGAGCAUGACAGGUGCUGCCCUCUUACUGAAGCAGCUCCAGUCUCACUCUCAACCCUGCCCUGGUCCCUUGUCUCACACACACGUGUGUGUGUGUGUGUGUAUAUAUAUAUAUAUAUAUAUAUAUAUAUAUAU